CGUUGUGUGUCGAGCUCUUCGCUGUGUGGAUGUUUGCUGGAGACUGAGAAGAAAGAGAAAAAGAAAGAGAGAAAUUAAAAGAGAGCUAAACCGAACCAGAGUAAAAGUUGUAGGAUGGUUGAGAUGAAGAAGAUGAAGAUGAGGGGAGGAGACGAGCUGCUGCUGCUGAACUGAACCAUGGCGCCCCCUACAGGAGGAGGAAGGUGGCGGCUGUGUCACGUGGUCGUGCUGUUUCUAUGGAUGACUCUGCACAGACACG